GAAAAUAUUAUUAAUCGUCAAAUCUAUCUUCCUCCCCUUCCCCGUCGCUCCUUCGUCCUCCAAAAUUAGGGUUUAAGAUCGAAACAACCUUUACAGAAAGAGUCGAUUCGCUUCCCUUACUUCUUCUUCUUCUUUCUACUGUAAUCGUAACUCCGAAGAUCCAAGAUGGCUCGUAACGAGGAGAAAGCGCAGUCGAUGCUCAACAGGUUCGUCACCAUGAAGGAGGCGGAGAACAAGAAACCAAAGGAGCGGCGUCCUUACCUCGCCUCAGAGUGCCGAGAUCUCGCCGACGCGGACAAGUGGAGGCACCAGAUCAUGCGGGAGAUCAGCCGCAAGGUCGCCGAGAUCCAGAACGAAGGACUGGGCGAGCACCGGCUCCGCGACCUCAACGACGAGAUCAACAAGCUGUUAAGAGAGAGAUGGCACUGGGAGCGGCGCAUCGUGGAGCUCGGAGGUCCUAACUACAAUCGUCACGGCGCGAAGAUGACGGAUCUGGAAGGGAACAUCAUCGACGUGCCGAAUACUAGUGGACGCGGACCUGGUUACCGUUACUUUGGUGCGGCGAAGAAGCUUCCUGGAGUUAGGGAGCUUUUCGAGAAGCCUCCGGAGCUGAGGAAGAGGAGAACGAGGUACGAUAUUUAUAAGAGGAUAGACGCGAGCUAUUAUGGUUAUAGGGAUGAGGAGGAUGGGGUGUUGGAGGGGUUGGAGAAGGAAGCGGAGGGGGAGAUGAGGAGGAGGGAGGUGGAGGAGUGGAGGAGGUUGGAUGAGGUUAGGAAGGAGGCGAGGAAAGGGGCGAGUGAGGUUGUGAGGGUUGGAGUUGGUGCUGCGGCGAAGGAGGUGUUGUUUGAGGAGGAGGAGGAUGUGGUGGAGGAGGAGAGGAGGGAGAGGGAGGAGGAGGAGGAGAAAGAGAAGGAGAGGGAGUUUGUGGUGCAUGUUCCGUUGCCUGAUGAGAAGGAGAUUGAGAAGAUGGUGUUGAUGAAGAAGAAGAUGGAGUUGCUUAGAGAGUAUGCGAGUGAUGAUUUGGUUGAGCAGGAGAAGGAGGCUAAAGCUAUGCUCAAUAUCCACAGAUAGAAUUCAACUAGGUUCAUUCACUCGGAUGCGCUGUUGUGAUGACAAAACCAUGUGAUCAACCUAAAGAAGCGAUGGAACGAAGUGAGGGGACAUAAUGUUGGAACAAUGAGUCAUGGAAACAAACUCGUAUUUUCUUAUGCUACCUCUACUUUAUAGUUUUGUCUGUAUUUUAAUUUCUUUGGCGGUCACAGAAGCACUUCUUACUAUUGAUCGCCAAUCACUUUAUGAAUCUGAUUUCUUCUUCCUUGUCACAACGAGAACCAAAAUCCAGUGUUAAGUUUUAAGUCAGAUGCAGAAACAUAAGUUGAAACUA